CCACACACUCCGUCCCGAACCCUGGACUCGCCACACACUCCGGCGAACGCCUGCUGCUUCUGCUGGUGCUGUUGCUGCAGCUGCUCCUGUCUGACAGUACGCUCUGCUAAGGAGGAAAGAACUAUGACGACGAUCUCAGAAGAACAAGAGGAGGCUGAUACCGAACAGAUGCCUCAGCUCACUCUGGAGGAGGUUCAGUUGUGGGGAGAGUCAUUCGAGCGCUUAAUGAAAAAUCCUCAAGGUCGUUCGCACUUCCAACAGUUUCUCAAGUCUGAGUUUAGUGAAGAAAACCUGAAAUUCUGGCUCAUCUGUGAGGAUCUAAAGAAAGAGACCAACAAAACCACGGUUGAACAGACUGUGAAACAAAUAUACGAGGACUACGUCUCUGUAAUGUCACCUAAAGAGGUGAGUCUGGACUCGCGUGUGCGUGAAGUGAUCCACAACAACAUGCAGGAACCCUCCUCAUGCACGUUUGACGAGGCUCAGCAGCAGAUCUACAUGCUCAUGCAGAGAGACUCCUUCCCACGCUUCAUGAACUCCAGCAUGUAUGCAGACCUCCUACAGAGCCUUCAGACGCCCAACGAGUCCUAACACACACACAU